AUGAAGGCACCUGGAUGUUCGUCGAUUUGGCUUUGGACUCUAUUUGUUAUUUGUGGACUUUUUAUUAUUUCCCAUGCAAAUAUUAAUAACGACGGCGAUGAAUGGAUCGAUCCAUAUGACAUGCUGAAUUAUGAGCCAACAACCAAACGCAUGAGAAAACCCGCAGAGUCAGCAAGUUACACAAAUUUGCCAACCAAAGGAAGAGAGUUUAGCUCAGACUCCUGUGAACUGCCAAAGUGUCCUGAUGUCUCUGAGUGCACGGAUACACUCAGUAUUUUGCAAAAACAGGUUGAUGAACACAAAAAGAAGGAGGUCACCAACUUCCCACAGCCAAGAUGUGUUCCAGUAUUCAGACGUUUCCUUGCAAAGCUUCUUAAAGAAACUGCUAAACUUGGUCUGCCUGAUGAUGCAAACAAACAUAUGCAUUAUGACGCUGAGGUGAAACUGUCCAAGCUGACGGUGUCAGAGUUCAGUAAGCUUUUAAGAGAAGACACUGACUGGACCACUGGAGCCAUGGAUGAGGCUCUCAGUCAAAUUCUGGUGAAAUUUAAACACCAUGACCCUGAAGCCUGGAAGUGGCGAUUUGAAGACACUUUUUAUGUGGAGUUAGAUACUGUCUUGAAGGUUUUAUUGUGCGUUCUUAUAAUCACCGCUGUUAUCUGCACUGAAGUAUGGUGUUUGGUGUCAUGGUUCAUCCAGUUCAGAAGAAUGUUUGCCGUAUCCUUUUUUAUAAGUGUGAUAUGGAACUGGUUCCAUCUUUAUAUGCUUGCAUUUGCUGAGCACCAGAAGAAUGUUGUACAGAUGGAAAGCUUCAAUGCAAAAUGUACUGUUAAACAGAUGAACUGGAUGGAUAGUUUGUCAGAGUGGUAUAGACAUACAUGGACACUUCAAGAUGAUCCGUGUAAAAAGUACUAUGAACUCCUGGUGGUGAACCCAAUUUUACUUGUACCUCCAAUUAAGGCUAUCACAGUCACAAUAACAAACUUUAUCACCGAUCCACUGAAGCACAUCGGGCAGGGUAUCAGUGAAUUUCUGAGAGCUUUGCUGAAAGACCUGCCAAUCACUCUCCAGAUACCUGUGCUUCUUGUUAUUGCAGGAGCCAUCUUUGUCUUCAUGUAUGGAGGUGCUCAUGCAGUUAUACAACAUGCAAUCCAUUGGUCCCGGCUUGGUGGACGACAAGACCCGCCCCCACCUGCUGUAGAGCAACGUCAAGCUCCCAGACUAAGAGAGAAUGAAUAUUGGGCUGGAGGCGAUGCCCCACAGCCAUUACAAGAUCCCCACCACAACAAUAACAAUCAUGUCAGGAACCGGAUUAACCAUGGCUUUGAGGCAGGAGAGCCUAAUGCUAAUGCCCCACAGCCUAACCAGGAGGGCAUCAGGACCCCUUAG